UUUGCUAUGGGAAAGAGAAGAUGUUUUGGUUACAAAAGUGUCGAUUUCUCCUUAAAUAAUGGGUCCUAAAGCCCCCAAAUUCGGGAUAUAGUACAUGUCAAACUAAGGUUCAGUUUGAUCCUAAAUUUCUGACAUUGAGAAGUGUUAAAACCGGUUUAGAGCAUGGUUAUUGGGGGACGUGAAUUUUCCCUCGACAGAGCCUCCAGCAUAACCAAAGUAAACAUGUCGGUGGAUGUUCCAAUGGAUGAACACGAAAGAAAGGUUGUCAAUGAAUUUUGUCAUCUUCUGGAGAAGUCCAAGCAACUGUUCAAUGGACUGAGAGACCUUCCCCAGUACGGUCAUAAACAAUGGCAGUCCUACUUUGGCCGCACAUUUGACGUCUACACAAAACUAUGGAAGUUUCAGCAACAGAAUCGGCAAAUUUUGGACUUGAAAUACGGGUUAAAACGAUGGCAAAUUGGAGAGAUCGCGUCAAAAAUAGGGCAGCUCUAUUACCAUUACUAUCUCAGAACCAGCGAAACGAAUUACUUAAACGAAUCGUUUUCAUUUUACUCUGCCAUUCGAAUGCGAGCAUACUAUUCGAAAGCUAACAAAGAAGACAGCCGACCCGACCUGAUGGUGAAGAAGCUCCGUUAUUAUGCAAGAUUUAUCGUCGUGUGUUUACUGCUCAAGAAAAUGAAGUUGGUUCGGGACCUCGUCAGAGAAUUGGCCAAACAGAUAGAUGACUACACUGCCAUCUAUGAACCAGAGGAUCAGCUAGAAUGGUCAAUGGUCCUGGGCGAGAUUCGAGCAUUUAUAGAGGCUGAUGCAUUAGUUAAUGUGGUUGAUUUAGAUUCCUCCACGAUCAUUCUGUCUCAUCGACUGACGCCCCUCAAUACUCCUCCACUAGAGAAGGGCACGCCUGUCUACCUUACGCUACAAGAAAUACUCAUUGUCGGAAACUGCCAUGACCAGGUGAAAUUCAGUGAGUUGACAUUGGAUAUGUUCCGGAUGUUACAAACCCUAGAACGUGAACCACAAGAAGAUUUAAAUAACCAACUUUACGACGCCUCCCCUGCCCCGGGGCGACCACCAUUUGGGCUCAGCCUUGGGGUUAGUUUUGGCGGGGAGAACGGAGAUCGCAUCAACAAACGUGACAACCCCCACAAAUAUCUGCUCUACAAACCAACAUUCAGCCAGCUCAACGCUUUCCUCGCCUCUGGCUUCAAGGAGCUCCCGCCAAACGGAGCCAUGUUGUUGUAUAUCUCGGCUGACGGGUCGUUACGCAAUACCAAGCAUGGUGAUGAUCCUGCUUAUGAUUAUGGCGGAGUUAUCACAAAUAGUCGACGAGAGGUGGACGUCUCCAAUAAAAAUAAACGGCCAGGAAAUCUUCGAGAUAUGCAUUGUGUUCAUCCUGGCGACCUCUAUCCAUACACAAGAAAACCUCUCUUCAUCGUCGUGGAUAGUGACAACAGCUCAGCCUACCAGGGUUUUCCCAACUUCUUCGGCCAGCCAGUGCUGUGUCUAUUAUCACCAGAGCAAGUCCCAACAACGAUGCAGGGAAUGAGAUUUCGGUCCACGUCCUCUAUACUGCAAGGUCAAGAUCAGCAUCAGAAGGGCAACCUGUUCACCCUGUUCAUGCACAGUCCCCUCACAGCAUUCUGCUUCAUCUGUAACAUCAUCGAUGUACCCAUCGCCAUAUGGGAAAAGUGCCAGACUCAGGUCGAUAAGUUCCUGGCAGAGGCGAGCAAAAUGGUCACAAGGUCACGGACAAUAGAUCACACAUUCAUUCAAUUCUUCGGUGACGAUUUCCUCCGCCUCCUCAUCCUGAGGUUCAUCUUCUGUUAUGUCCUGCUACGACUACACAGAGGGUUCAAGGGUCCCAACUACUACCCAAGUUGUCACCCACGUCUACCAGAAAAUGAGAUUCUGGACCAUCCGUUACUGCAUAAAAUCAUCUUAGACCUGGCGAGCGUGUUGGAGGUUCGUGGACUAUUCGCAGACCUAGGAGAAACGGAUUGAUAUAAGGCAGCAGCAUGGUUCUCUAUGGGUUAAUCACUUCACCUCUUAUAAAUAAUGGAAUGAUCGGACUUUAGCUUUUUGCUAUACAUUGGACUAGUUCACUUUGGAUGUCGGGUGUGAUAGUUUCAUGUUGGAAAAUUAAAUCAUACACAUGUAAUUUUUCAACUUUUGUUGUAGUAUAUUCUGAGUAUGCUAUUCAAGUUAUCAGUUUUCAUAACUGUGGACUGUACCAAGCCUCAUUCCAAGAUCUGUGAGGGCCGGUCGGUUAGAAGCUACCUUGGUGCAAUUUACAACGUAUCUUGAAGGAUCAAAUAAUGUUCAAUUAUGUCUUGUUCGAGUAGUUUGAAGGAUCAGAAGACCACACAACGAUAGCAUGUAAUCAACAGCAAAAUACCUAUGGGCCUUUAGAGUAAAUCAUUAAAAAAGAGCAAUACAUGAUUUAGACCCUUUACAGAUCAUUGCACAAAAAAGGUCAGGUUAUAUGUAAGCACUGUAUCAGAGAGGUCGUACUGUGAAAUAUUUGUAUAUAGUCUUGUUUUGUAGACAUCUGAAGACAUCUAGCAUUUAAUGAUAUAAUAUCAUUAUUAAUAUUACAAUAUUGUUAUUAUGAAAUAUUUUGGCAUCCAAAGUAAUAUUUUGCAUAUCAUUCUUAUAAUGAUACCAUUGAAUGUUUCAAUAUCGGACAAUCUCCUUUAGAAGGUGUAAUAAGAAUUGUAUGAGUGUCACCCAGUAGUGCCUAGAGUUUUCCUUCAUGUCCCCAUCAGAUAAUUUUCACUGCAAGUUGGCUGAGGUAGAUUUUGGGCAAAAUCACCACAAAUCCUCUCUCUUAACCCAAAUAUUUUUUCAAAAAUUGGUUCACUCUAGAAUUGCUAAAUGGACACUUCAGUUUAUUUACCAAAUUUCUAACUUUCUUCCCAGUAAUAAUGGUAGUAGCAUUUUUUUGUGUUGCACUGGCUAUUGCACUACAAACUGUGAUGAAACGAACCAUGCUGCAAAACUAGAUAGUCUUUAUCACUUCUAGGUGUUAUUUUGUAGCUCUGUUGUUGUACAAGGUAUGAGGAAGGCCGUUUAGUAAAAGCUGAUGGACAUGACACUACGGAGUGUUGGUAUUUAGAGAAAAACACAAGGAGGUAGACUUACAUCGAAAGCAGUCACUUUCAAAUUAUUUUAGUGCAAGGUGCCAUGGGUUGGCUUGUGAUACAGUGCUGACCUUUAACUGAUACCCAGCCCCGACUUGAAGCUAGAUAUUCCAAUUAUGACUGACUGUAGCACUGGAAAGAUCUCCCAUCAGAGUUUAUUUAUUUUAUGUUCUUUUAUUUGUGUAGUUUUGUAAGUUGUGUGAUCAUCAAAUGAAUUCAGUAUAAUUUUUUAAUCUUAUUUAUUCUGACUUUCAUAAUGAUCUCAUUUAUUCUCAAAGGGGUUUAUACAACUGAUACCUGGUCUGUAUGACCUGCGGGUAAGAAAUCCAACGUUUCCUAUUUAUUUAUUAGUGGCAAAUAGUCAGCGAAAUGGGUGAUUUAGAACAGAUAUAAUAAACUACAUACUAAGUUACGCGAAAUGUGCUUCAUUUUCUUCAAAGCUUAUGUCUUUUAAAUGCUACAGAUACAUUUAAAAUCCAUAUAAGUGGAACCAGGAGUGAUGAUUGGGGUCAAUAAUAAUGAAAUCUCAUGAAAAAUAAAAUAAGUUUGAAUAAAAACUAACUUUUUUGCCCCCUCCCCCCCCC